GUGGGUCUACAGAAUUGAUUUUGGAUGAAACGCGGACGUUAUUGUAAAUUGACAAGAAUCUAUACCAAUAUUGCGCUCUUAGGGUCCAGAAUAGGUCGACUCAAUCACGCGCGAUUACCAUACGCAUGGGCUAAUCUGUUUCCAUCAAAGAUAUUCGUUAAUGGAUAAUAAACAUAUACAAGAGUAUUAGUUGUUUCAAGGAUAAAUAUAGUGAUGAAGCCUGUUCUAGUGUUGUUCGUGCCUUUUGUUUUAUUUGCCUCUAUAACAUGCAAGAAGGAGUCACCACGACGUGACCGCAAUCGUCACUCUGGACGUCGUGCUAUACAAGACGAGAGAAUUAAUUCAGCUGGUGGUCAGUGCGAGCUGUCUAUAUCAUGUAAAGGUGAUACUACACAAACUACCCCCGUUAAACUGCCAAUUAAGGGACCUAAAGGGCCACCCGGGCGACAAGGACCGAAGGGUGAGCAAGGAGAAGCCGGUAAACCAGGAACUCCAGGAACACCAGGGGAACCAGGUAAGUCUGUUAAUAAAACCUAUCGUAUGGCAUUCUUUGCUGGCCUGGGCGAAAACAAGGGUCAGAUAGAAGAAAACAUUGAUCUUGUUUUCGAUAAGGUUCACACAAAUGUUGGAGAUGCCUAUGAUAAACAAACUGGAAGAGUCACUAUUCCUUUCUCUGGAUUGUAUCAUUUUACUGUCGUGAUUGCUGCCCAGGGGGGACAAAAGGCUGCUGCGAUGUUGAUGAACAACGGAACGAUGGUGGAGACAAUAUGGGCAGAGAGUAUACCGUUGUGGGCGACGUCGUCAAACACCGCCAUAUUGAAUCUAACAUCCGGGGACCAGGUCUGGCUCGUACUUCUAAAGCGUGCGCCAUAUAUCCAUGGUUACAUGUAUUCGUCUUUUUCUGGGUAUUCAUUAUUUGACACAGAAAAUGAAGAAAACGAAGCACCACAAGACGAUGAUAAAAUUAAUGGAAAGUCUUAAGUUAGUAAAAAUUGUAAAAAGUUUGCUUUUAAAAGUAAAGUACGAUAAACAAAAAGAACAUUGAUCUUUUUUUAUUAUGCAAAAAAGAAGAUGUAUUCAUGUUAUCAUAAGCUUUUAUUUUUUGAAAAACGUUUCUGAAGAAAGAAAAUAUAAGAAAAAAAAUACCAUUAAACGGAAAAAUAUAUUUUCAAUUGUAGAAAACGUCACCGCUUUUAUUAAAAUAUAUACAAAUAAGGCUUUGUUUAUUUUUUGUAUAAAUAUCGACAUUAGCAAUAUCAAAGGACAUUAAUGGAAUAAACAUUCAUUAAAACGUCAAACGGCAAAAGGCAACAUGCAAAAACAGAACAACGCAAUUCACAUCAUGUACAUCCAGUAACGAAGGGAUUUGAAUGUUGAAAAGGAAUUGUGAAACAGUAAGACCGAACUGCACAAAAAUCAGACAUUAAGAAGCAUAUUUUCAAAAUGAUUGUGAUAACUGUAUGAAUAAAUACAAGGCACAACAUAUUUAUAAACUACAGAUAUGGUGCUUGUAUUAUCUAUAUAUUAAUUAUGUUUUCCUUGAAAUUACUUUAACUUCAACAGUUUGUAUCAAUUAACAUCUGUUACGUACCUCUUGAAUAUUGUCUAUCACAGGAAAAUAUUAUGUUAAAAAAAUUGUUUUCUUGAAUUUUCACAAGAAAAUAAGAUCUUAGGAAGGUUGAGUGUCAGAAAUAAUUGACGACUUGUAUCAGCAUAUAUAUUGUUUCUGGCCAGUUUAACAACUAUUAGUUUCUAUAGUCAGUCUAUAUCAGCAUAUAUAUUGUUUCUGGCCAGUUUAACAACUAUUUAUUUCUAUAAUCAGUCUAAGAUAUAUUAUUGUGAAUUGGUUUUUGGGGUUUUCAGGUUUUCAUUUAUAUUUUCUUUUGUUUCAAUAAAUGUUAUGUAUAUAUUAAAGAUUUUAUUGUUUAUUUGAUAUUGUUUUUAAUUAUAUAUGUAGAUGGUGCAAUAAAUAUUAUUAAU